UCCAUGCCUGCAGGCCGUGGCGGUGCUUCCAUCUACGGCAAACACUUUGAGGACGAGCUGCACUCCGAGCUGAAGUUCACCGGUGCCGGCAUCCUGGCCAUGGCCAACGCAGGGCCAGACACCAACGGCAGCCAAUUCUUCAUCACGCUGGCGCCGGCGCAGUGGUUGGAUGGCAAACACACCAUCUUUGGGCGCGUGUGCCAAGGCAUCGGCGUGCUGGGCAGGGUGGGCAUGGUGGAAACCAACGCACAGGACCGACCCCUGGAUGAUGUGAAAGUCCUCAAAGCUGUCCCUGCUGGGUGACACGGGGAAUAAAAGUGUGCACGGUG